AUGCAGCACUCGAGCUACCGACAUGCGCCGCCGUCGGCCAGACGAGGACCUGGUCCCAUGGUCGCACCUCCUCAGGCGCAUGCCAGUCAGCCUGCCGUGACGCAGGCACAGCUUCAACAACAGCACCUUGAGGGCAUCCGCCGCCAAGACCUUGCCCGACGACAAGCCAAGAAGCCCACCGACCGCGAUAUACCAGACGAGAUAGACGAGGCGGUGGUGGGAGACGGUGUGGAGCGGUAUAAGAAGUUGCGGGACGUGGAACGGCGGCUGGACGCUGUCAUGAUGCGCAAACGUCUGGACAUUAGCGACAAUCUACAGCGAAGGUACACACGCCGGGAGGGCAUUCUGCGCAUAUGGAUCUCCAACACGGCCGAGGGACAGCCAUGGCAAGUGAUGGAGGAGGGUGCGGAGAAUGAGGAUGGCAUGUUUGAGCUGGGCGAGAACCAGGCCACAUUCCGCGUAAAGAUCGAGGGCCGACUGCUAGAAGAUCCGGAGGAGGAUGAGGCCGACAAACCAUCUGAUGCGCAUCGGCCGCGGCUGAGCCACUUCUUCAAGGCAAUUACCAUCGAUUUUGACCGCGACUCAAAUCUACAGCCAGAUGGUUACAGCCAGAUCGAAUGGCGCAAACCGCAGGCCACACCUCAGAAUCCCAACAACGACCCAAACAGCUCCGAAUCGUCCUUUGACAGUCUGGAGUUUACGAGAAAAGCAGACGAAAACAUCAACAUCACGAUCAAUUUGACACGAGAGGAGAAGAACGAGCGAUUCAAGCUGAGUCCGGAACUCGCCGAGAUCCUCGACACAGAAGAAGAGGAUCGCGCUGGUGCCGUACAGGGAAUCUGGGAGUACUGUCGUGCAAUGGGUCUUCAAGAAGAUGACGACAAGAGAAAGAUCAUAUGUGACGAGCCAUUGCGGAGGCUGUUCCGACAGGAACAAGUCUACUUCCCCUAUGUUCCAGACUUGCUGGUCCCACACUUGAAGCCUCUGCCGCCCGUUCAGCUCCAAUAUACUAUCCGUGUUGACAAGGCGUACAUCAAAGGCACUCCAGAUUCGGAGCCACCCUCCGCGGAAGGUAAUACAGAAGCACUCAAGCCAUGUCGACCCACAGUCUACGACAUUCGCGUAGCCAUGCCAAACCCACUCGUGCAUCAGCUCACUCGCUUCCACACUUCCAAAGCACAUAUUGGCGAUCUACAAACCAUAGUCAAGACGGACGACGAUCUGGCUCUAUUGGUUCAGAAAAUUCACCAAACGAAUGCACAGCGCAAAUUCUACGACAACCUAGCCAAGGACCCGACUUCGUUUAUCAAGCGCUGGGUCAGCAGUCAGCAGAGAGAUCUUGAAGUGAUUCUUGCCGAGGCGACUCGCGGUGGAGGCGAGGACGCAACUAGCGAGGAGUUUCGCCGUGGGGGUAAUGAUGGCGUUUGGGGCACUGAACUUGCAAAGGAAUCCGUUGGUCUGUGGCUUGCUAGGAAUACGAAGCAGCAUUAG